GCUCAAUCGACCUCAUCCGUUGAUUCUAGUAACUUAUCAACUUCAAGAGCAAAUGCUACUUUUACGCGACACUUUUACCAGGACGAUGAAACUGACAACACAAUUAUAUAUUGUAAGCUUUGUACUCAAGAGUUAGAAGACUUGGACGCUUCUCCAUAUCCAUAUAGUAAAUCAGGAAAAAGUACAGGAUAUUUAAUACAGCAUUUACGUGAUAAGCAUCAUAUAACUUCAAAGAAUUAUAGACAAUACCUCGAUGAUGAUGAACAACCCAUGGCAGUAGCAGUAAUCAACCAGGAUCUAGAAUCGAUGGACACAGACUUACCUUCCCUUUCAUCUAAACAGCAACGAGAAUUAACAAAGCUUGUG